CGCUUGUUUCGUAUUUCUAGGUUGUUUUGUUGCAAAAACAUGUUUGAAUUAGAUCAGAGUGGUGUAUCUGAGAAAUAAAAUGCUCGUCUCUUGCUCAAUUCGGUACAAUCAUAAAAUUUAGAGUUCAGUUGUGUUUAUUUGACGAUUAUGUCCGUUUUGGAAAAUCAUGAUGGUGUAGUUCAUGUCAAUUGUGGAGUUUCAGAAACAUCUGUUGUAUGCACACAGUCACAUAUGAUAACUCCUAUGGAUCAUCUGGAAAUGGUUGUUCUUAAACCAGAUCCGGACGACCCUUCAACUGACAUACAAUCGAUCAAGUCAUCUAGAUCAACUAGUCAGCAAAUCUACGAUAUGCUUGGUAGUACGGUCCUUUCAGAUAACCCUCUGUAUACUAUAAAAAGUUCACUAUGUGAAUCUCAAAUGUCUUUUAAAUCGAUUCCCGGUAAAAUGACCAACACUAAAUUAGAUGUUAAUACGAAAUCUACAUUCGUCCAUACUGACAAUCAUCAAACAACCGAUCAAUCGCCUUUGAAGAGUUUACACAAUCCAGCUAAUAUGAAUACUGAUUCUUCAAGUACUAAUCCUGUUGUAUGCACUGUAGAUAAUUCUAUGCAGAAUGGUCAUCUUCUUCAAAACCUUGGUUACAAUAAAUCAUCAGAAUUUUCUCAAACAUUAUCCACUGAUACUGGUCAGUCUACUGUAUUGAAUGAACCGCCGCCUACAUCUUAUUUGUCUCAAGUUUCAAAAGUUGAAGCACCUUCUCCUCCAGUUUCACAAUUAUCCAUUCUCUUACCUAUUGAGCUAAACACAACGACAGUUGAGAAUAAAGAAUGCUUGCCUACUUCAAUGCCUUUUGAAUUAUCCAAUCAGUCUGCGUUAACUACUUCCUUAUAUCCAGAGAAUUCAAGUCCUCAGCUGUGUUUGAUUUGUGGUGAUAGAGCGACUGGUAAACACUAUGGUGCAAUUUCAUGCGAAGGAUGUAAAGGAUUUUUUAAACGAACUGUAAGAAAACAGUUAGAGUAUGUUUGUCGUGAGUCUGGACAAUGCCCUGUGGAUAAACGGAAACGUACACGUUGCCAGUAUUGCCGUUUUGAACAAUGUUUAGCCAAGGGUAUGAGGAAAGAAGCUGUUCAAGAAGAACGUCAUCGUAAACCACCACCUUCAACACCACCACCACCACCACCACCCAAUCUUGUACUUUCAUCGCCCAAAAUUUCCAAAGUGGGAAAGAAGGGACCUGGACGUCCUUCAAAUAACAGCAAGUCUGCUGAAUUGAUAACUCUUAAUAAUCAUAAUAUUGCAGUUGAUAACCAGAUUCCUGCAAUAAAUAUUACGCCUACGAUAGCUACUGCUAUUAUCACUGCCAACUGUACUAUCACUGAGACAGCACCAGUGACAACAAUAACACUGCCUACAAUUUCUAUCGGUCAUCCUCCUUUACAACCUGAUCAUAUUAAAGCAAAUAGUUCCCCUCUUCCUAAUGGCUCAAAUAACAGUAAUAAUAGUAAUAAUAAUAAUAACAAUUUGGUAUAUGAACAAACAAGCAUGCCCACGUUAACGCUACACUGUCUUCUAUCAGCUGAACUAAGCAUGGAUCGUAAAUUAGCUGUGACUGAGAGAGGUGAGGCAAUCUAUGAAGAUAUAUCUGGUGAUGAUGAAGCCGGCCUACAUCCAUUGACUAUAAUCUGUCAGUCUAUUGAACAACACCUACCUCGAUUAGUGAAUUGGGCACGUCAAUUACCGGUGUUUUCUUCUGCCUACCUCACUUUAGAUGAUCAAUUUUGUUUAAUAAAAGCUGCUUGGCCUGAAUUAGUUCUAAUCAGUUCAGCGUAUCAUUCAACUGUUAUCAGAGAUGGUUUACUCUUAUCAAAUGGACGUCAUCUUGGCAGAGAAGUAGCAAAAGCUUUUGGUCUAGGACCACUUGUUGAUAGAAUUCUUCAUGAACUUGUUGCACGUUUUCGUGAUUUAUCACUACAAAGAACAGAAUUAGCUUUAUUACGAGCAAUUAUACUUUUCAAUCCUGAUGCUAACGGUUUAUCAUCCCGGUAUCGUGUAGAAGCUGUACGCGAACAAUUAUACUCAGCUCUUCAUUCCUAUUGUACAACAAAUCAACCUCAGGAUACUUCAAGAUUUACAAAAUUAUUGUUAAGGCUACCACCAUUACGAUCUAUUGCGUAUAAAUGCCUUGAACAUUUAGUAUUUGUUAAGCUGGCAGCUGAAGAUCCAACAAGUUGUCGUUUAAUCAAUCUUGUUGAGCAUGGUAUAUGGCCUAUACAAGAAAAAAGUUUCGAUUUGACGGCUACAUUCCCUUCAUCCUUAUCAUUGUCAUCAUCAUCAUCAACAACAACACUGUCAGCAUCCACUGAGUCAGUAAUGACGGUGACGUCGGUAGCAACAAAUCAAAGCACAACUGUACAUAAUCCACCACAGUAUUCCAUAUUCCAAAGUCAAAAUAUCAAUCAUAUAUUAUCAUCUAGCAGUCAUACAGAUGUUGCUGCCCAUAAUAAUAAUAAUAAUAGUAGCAGUAGUAAUAAUAAUAAUAAUUUUCAUACGAUUGCACAUUAUCCAUUUUGUGAAUAAAUUUGAUUUAGCAAAGAGAGAGAGAGGGCGACUGGAGGAAGAAAUAUACCCACCUCAGGUACUACUUCUCAACAUUAAACUCUCUACUACAUCGUUUGUUCUCUGAGUCACGACUACUACUACUACUACCGCUACAAACAGUAAUGUGCCCUAGAUGUCAUAACAUGCCAAAUGACUCCUUAUUCUUUUUUGUAAUGAAGCGAUUUUCUCCUCUUAUUCUUUUCUUUAUUUCUUUGAAAUACUAAAAUUUGCAAUGACAAUCAUCAUCACUAUCAUUAUCAAUCAGGAAUCCUUAGGGCAAUUUUUCUCUAGUCUCUCAAUUCCUCAUUAAAAAAUGGGAUCCGCCUUCGAAUGCAGUUAGUAAAUUAAAAAUUCCCUCUGCGUCUUUUUUCCCACUUUUCAGCUCUUCUUUCUCCCCCCCCUCCAGCCACCAUUUUUCUACUACUGAAGAUUUGUUUUUUUUUCAUGUAAAAACACGCACAAUUUUUUUAGUUUAUUUUUCUACUAUGGUGAAUUUUUGUAUAGUUAUAC